UUAGAAAUUAUCAUUUAGAUACAUCCGUGGCCAGUAGUCGUUUCAAGCUCUACCAGAUGAUACGAAAAGAUUAAGACUUCUGUGAUUUCCUCCUAAUAUUUUGUGUUAAUUUGUGACAACUUGGUUUUGAGGUAGUGAAAGUUAAAGGUUAUCGCGAAGACUUCUUCACGCACGAAAAGAAAUGGCCCCGAAAAGCCGUGAAGUGUAUUUAAUUGAGGGUGAUAUAGUGGCUACACAUGACAGUGAUAAGGGAGACCCUAGAUUAUACGAGAAAGAAUAUAAUUACGAGGAUGCUUUGGAUAUUAUAGGUUUUGGAAAAGUACAUUUAGCUGCUCUUAUCAUUUGUGGCCUCAUAUUGAUGGCGGUGAUAUGUGAAACGAUGGGAAUGAUGAUAAUUGUGAUAGCUUCACGAUGCGACUUAAGCUUGGAAGAUUAUCAGAAAGGACUUUUAACGGGAGUUGCCUUUUUCGGCAUCUUAAUAUCAUCAUAUUUCUGGGGAUUCUUUUCUGAUAGAUAUGGACGAAAGAGUAUAAUUUUAUAUUCUACAUAUGCAUCAGUAUUUUUCAGUUGUGCAUCUGUCCUCACUAAUAAUUUUUGGAUUUUUCUAAUUUUACGGCUUUGUAGUGGGAUAAGCAUAUCUGGACCGUCAGCAGCUAUCUACGCAUAUUUAGGCGAGUUUAACACAAUGAAAAACCGACAAACUACUAUAUCAUGGGCUAGUAUCUUUGUUGGACUUGCAAACACAUUUAUUCCAGGAAUGGCAUGGCUAAUUCUCCCGCAGACUUGGUCAUAUUCACUAUACGGUGAUGUAACCUUCCGACCCUGGCAGUUGGCACUAAUUAUGUAUACAUUUCCUGGACUACUUGGAGCUACUUUGAUGAUUUGGAUGCCAGAAACACCCAAAUUUCUGCUUUCUCAAAACAGGGAACGUGAAGCUUUCAAAAUUGUCGAAUGGAUGUAUGUGAAAAAUACGGGAAGACCAGCACAUACCUUCAUUGUACAAAAACUUCAGCCGGAAGGAGACAAAGAAUAUUUGGAAAGUCUGAAUCAUAAGCAAGGAUGCGGGGAGACAAUGCUGUCAGUUUGGCAUCAAAUUGCCCCACUGCUACGAAGACCUCAUAUAGUAAAUUUGUUAAUGUGCUGUGUGAUCCAAUUUGGGAUAUUCUUCGCGUCUGCUGGACUGGGCUUAUGGCUUCCUGAAAUUUUAAAUCGUUUCAAUUCGAUCACUGGAGAUGUUUUCUUGACUGUCUGUGAUGUUAUUGAUUUAACAGAAAGUGCUGCAAUCAACGAUAAUUCGACAAUUAAGUUGGUUUGCGACGACAGCAUAAAUCCGAAAGUUUUUAUGGACUCGAUAAUGUUAGGCGUAUCCUAUGUAAUUGGAUAUGCAGUUCUAGCGAUUAUAAUCAAUCCGGUUGGAAGACAAAUUAUUUUACCGUCAGUUUUAUUGGCAUCAGGAUUUUCUGGUGUGGCCCUAAUAUGGGUGGCUGAACCAACUGCAGUGGUUCUUUUAUUUUGUGGUUUUCUUAUGCUCUCUGGACUCUGUGUGUCUGUGGUGAAUGGUGCUAUAGUGGAUUUAAUUCCAACUCAUAUGAGGGGUAUGGCUGUUUGUGUACAAUUAUCAAUGGGUCGGUUAGGCAGUAUUGUUGGCAGUAAUAUUGUAGGAUAUUCAAUUUACAAAGACUGCCUUCUCACAUUCUCCUUCUAUUCUGGGUUCCUCAUCUUUUGCGGCUUGCUAAGUAUAUUGCUGGCUAAAAAACCGAAGCCUCUUUAGCCUCUAAUCAAUUUGCUUAGUGUAAAUGAAUUUAGAUUAAGCUAAAUCUAGUUCAGUACUUUUAAGUUUUCGACAAUUAAAAAGUUUGACAUAUU